AUGCUACCCGAUUUUACAAAAGAAUUUCAUGUUUAUACAGAUGCUUCAGAAACUCAUAUGGGUGCCGUUAUUGCACAAAUAGAUUUUGAUUCUAUUCUUAAACCUGUGCCUAAAAGUUCUAAUUUACUUGAACUUCAAGCAAUGGCUCUUACUUUAAUGAGUAACACUGAUAUCUUAUCUACUGCUUCAAUUCACCUUUAUUGUGAUAAUGCUACUGCUAUUGCUCUGCUCAAAGAAUCUGUUGACCCACGUUUUGUACGUUAUAUUUCAUAUAUUGAAAUGUUUAACGUUAAAAUUCAUAAAAUACCAAAAGUUAUUAAUUUUGUAGCUAAUGAAUUAUUUCGAAAAUCUAAACUUAUUGCAGAUAUUUUAUCUAAUACACCGGAAGUUUUUGUUUCUGAAACAUGUUAUCUACUUGAUUCGACUUCUAUCUUACAGGAUCAACAAAAAGCUGGUAUUUCAUCUAAUACCCCUGAUACCACGGUUGUUAAUGGUAUCGUUAUGAAAAUUUUUUAUAAAAACAAAAAGAAAAAUGUAGUUCCAUAUCUGUCUCAUACUUCUGCUAGUAGGCUUUCUCAAUUAAUACAUUCUGAAUAUACUCAUCCAGGUAUAAAAAAAACUUAUGAAAUAGUUUGCUCUCAUUUUUAUGCAGAUGAUCUUAAGAAUAUUGUCACUAAAUUAGUUAAAAAUUGUGAAAUCUGCUUAAAAACAAAGCCCUCCAAACAUAUUCACCCAGAAUAUAAGGCUAUUAAUAUCCCUACAAAACCAUUCUUUGAAAUUUCAAUGGAUCAUUUCCAAGUAGUUGCAAAAACAGAUAAAGUUAUUAUCUUAAAUAUUGUUGACACUACUUCGCGCAUGUGGAUCUCUACUAAAAAGUACUUUAUUAAGCUUAGCACUGAAGCUGUAUUCAAUACCGCUAAACACCAUCAAGGAAAUUCAAUUGUGGUAAGAUCUUUUAGUUCUCUUCGGAAAAUGCUUAGAUCAGCGUAUCUCGAAAAUAGUCAAAAUCUUUCAGAAACUGAUUUUUUGCGUGCUAACAUAAAACGUAUCGCAAUUAUUUAUAAUAAUACAAUUCAUGAUACCACAGGUUCUUCUCUAUUUAAACAUGUAUUUGGUAGAUCUGGAAAACCUACUUUAACUGAAAAACUUUUGAAUCCAGAUUAUGUUUUAUCAUUUGACAUAAAUGAUUUAGUUAAAACUUGGUCAGAGUUAGCUAAAAAAGCUUUUGAAAAACGCCAAUUAUUAAAUUUUAAAUUACCAAAUGCUGGCAUAAUGCCAUUAUGUGAUAUUCAAAUUGGAGAUAUUGUCGCUAGAAAACAAACUCCUGAUUCAAAACUUGCUGCGCUUUACGAACCUAAUUUAUGUACAAGAAAAAUCGAAUACCCUUAUAUCUAUGCAUGUAAACUUGAAUCUACCAAAGGGAGACUUCAAAAGAUUCAUAUACAUGAUAUAAAAUUAAUUAAAAGAGAUUAA